AUGACCGGAAGCGUUGCGGCCGAACACGUCAAGGAGGAGGUAUCUAAGGAGGUAAAUUUUAAACCCCAAGUUUUUCUGCUCAUCUCUAAGUAAAAAUAUCUGUUCAAAGUUUCCUUUUCCUCUAGUUCAUUUGACAAGAAUUCGCCGUUGGGAUUCUUUCGAAAUUGCGUUUUGAUUUUUAAUAGUACAAUAAUUCAUUAAUAUUUUAGUUAUUAAGAUGAAGCAAUUAAACGUUAAAAUGUUUUUCUUAUUUAGAAGUUAAAAAAGAAGUAUUAAAAAGUUUUACUCUAGGUGGUUUAUCGAUUUUUUUUUCUGUUUUAAGCCUCAAGUUGUCGAUGGAUCGGAUGAUUCGGAUGACGAAGGAGCUGUCGAGCAGGAGCUCACCGAAGAACAGCGUCGUGUGGCUGAAGCCGCUGGACUCGGCGACCAGGUCGACAAACAAGCUAAGCAAAGCCGCUCGGAGAAGAAGGUAAUUACCUUAUUAAACAUAUAAUAUGAAUAAAAAACUCAGGCUCGAAAGUUGUUCUCGAAACUUGGGUUGAAACAAGUUACGGGAGUUUCUCGUGUGUGCAUCAGAAAGUCCAAGAAUAUCCUCUUUGUUAUUAACAAGCCUGACGUCUACAAGAGCCCCGGAUCAGACACUUACAUCGUCUUCGGAGAAGCUAAGAUUGAAGAUCUCACGCAGCAUGCCCAAAUGUCGGCCAUCGAGAACAUGAAGCCAACCCGAGAAGCACCUCAACUCAAGACGGUUGAAGAAGACGAUAACGAAGAUGUUGAAGUAAGUUUUUUUUUUUCGCAAAGAGUUGUGACCUGUCUUUUCCAUCUGAGUUUAAAAAAGUUUUGUGUAUUCAGGAGGAUGCUACUGGUAUCGAAGAAAAAGACAUCGAACUGGUGAUCUCGCAGGCCAACACUACUCGUAACAAAGCUAUACGUGCCCUGAAAGAGGCUGAUAACGAUAUCGUGAACGCGAUCAUGAGUCUGACAAUGUAG